AUGGGUGUCGGACGUCGCUUUAAGAAACAGGGACCUCCUGCAACGCUCGAGGAACUGGGUAUAAACCUGAAGCGCAAACCCAACAGCGAGUCCUCUCAGGAACCGGUGAAGAAGAGACGCAGAUCCGGAGAGACAGAUGUAAAGAAAUUGGUCAAUCUCGACCGAGCCCUCAGAAGCGACCAAGAACCUAGCGACAGACAAUCGAGCAAAAAAUCUGGCGGGAAAAAACAAAAUCAAAAGCAAAAGCUGGUCAACAAAGAUGCGCAGAUCACUGUUCCUCCCAAAUUCCCCUUCCCAGCGGGCGGGACUGACGAUGGCGAUAUCGACGGGGUAGAAGAGUCGGAUGAGAAUGAUGAAAAUGCAGCUGCCGGGAUCCCACUGGACGAGGCUUCCUUUUCUGAGUUGGACGACGAUGAAAUUGCGCAGGAAGAACUCGAAGUAUCAGAUGACUCGGUUUUCGAUUCGGAUCCAGACGAGCAACCACGACGCAUGUUCUCCGAAGACGAAGACGAAUCCGACGCCGAGGCGCAGCUCACAGCUGCAAACAUCGAGGGACUCUCCCGGAAACUAGACCAAGAGCAGGCUCAAGUUGAGGCAGAAGCACAGCAAGAGUUGGAAGACGGAGCUUUACAGACCAAUAUUGCUAAAGAUGAAGGAGUCUUGGAUUCGGCUGCGGCGGCGGCCCAAGGCCUGGCACCAGACCUGGCUGUGGUCCGCUCUCGUAUGACUGAAACCAUUCGAGUUCUGGGGAAUUUUUCGGCGCUCGCAGACAAGACAAAGUCUAGAACGGACUAUACCGACCAGCUGCUCGCCGAUAUCUGCACGUACUAUGGCUACACUCCGUACCUCGCCGAGAAGCUGUUUGCGCUGUUCACCCCGGCCGAGGCCUUUGCAUUCUUCGAGGCCAACGAGACACCACGUCCCGUCGUGCUGAGGACAAACACCCUGCGCACCAACCGCCGAACCCUCGCCCAGGCUCUGAUCAACAGAGGCGUUGUGCUGGAGCCUGUGGGUAAAUGGUCCAAGGUGGGCUUACAGGUUUUCGAGUCUCCUGUUCCGCUGGGUGCCACUCCAGAGUAUCUGGCCGGCCACUACAUCCUCCAAGCCGCCUCUUCCUUCCUGCCAGUCAUGGCACUCGCCCCGCAGCCGAACGAGCGCGUCCUCGACAUGGCGGCAGCACCUGGCGGCAAGACCACAUACAUUUCGGCGCUGAUGCGAAACACGGGAGCCGUCUUCGCCAACGACGCCAAUCGACAACGUGCAAAGGGUCUCAUCGGCAACGUUCACCGUCUUGGAUGCAAAAACGUCGUGGUGUGUAACUACGAUGCGCAGAAAGCGUUUCCAAAGAUUCUGGGCGGGUUUGAUCGGAUCCUGCUCGACGCGCCAUGCUCUGGCACGGGGGUUAUCGGCAAAGAUCCCAGUGUCAAGACGUCGAAGAACGAGCGGGACUUCCUGGCACUACCUCACAUGCAGAAGCAACUGCUUCUUGCCGCUGUCGACUCGAUCGAUCACAAGAGCAAGACCGGCGGGUACAUCGUGUACUCGACCUGCUCGGUGACCGUCGAGGAGAAUGAAAGCGUCGUUCAGUACGUGCUACGGAAGAGACCCAAUGUCAAGAUUGUCGACACCGGGCUGGGCAAUUUCGGCUCUGAAGGGUUCAAGACGUACAUGAACAAGAAGUUCGACGAUAAGAUGCCAUUGACGAGAAGGUAUUUCCCCCAUCGCGAAAACGUUGAUGGCUUCUUUGUUUGCAAGCUGAAAAAGACGGGUCCAACCCCCAAGAGUGCUGGUCAAGUGAAUGGAUCAGGGGAAGUCGAGGCGAACACCUCGGCUGUCAACGGCCACAAGGCCAAGACAACCAGCGACGGAGAGACGACGGAGGAUGCCGUGGAUGCAGCGGACGACGGCUUCGGCGGCUUCGACGAAGAGGAAGAUCAGAAGUACAUUGCGCAGGCCGAGAAGAAGUGGCUCAAAGCCCGUGGUCUUGACCCCAAGGCGGCGGAUCGAAAGAGUCAAAGCAAGACGAAAGACGUAGAUCGGCAGCAGAGUAAAAAGCCUGGGUCGGGAUCAAAGAAGCAAGCCGGAAGGGCCAAGGAGAAUGGGAAAUAG